AUGCCAGCCCACCGCGUCCAGUCUUUUCCAUGGUAUCACAGCAGUCGCCAAAAACCGCGAAGAUGGCCUCUCGCACUGCGCUUUAUUAAGGGAUCCGUUCAUGCCAAAAUUAUCGGCCCCAUCGUCUUCUACACCCUUUUCACCGCUCUUGUGGUCUACAUCGACCAGCGCCUAAAUGUCAACCUCGGUGUCCCAAGCACUGUAACCCCCAGUCUCUCAAUAGUCGUCGGUCUCUUACUCGUCUUUCGCAACUCCUCGUCUUAUGAACGUUUUUGGGCCGGCCGCCAAGAUGUCAGCCAUAUCGUCUCCAACGUCCGAAACCUAUCGAGGUAUUUCAUGCUCUGUGGUCCAAAUGAGUCAGAUGAAGACCGACAGGACACAGAAAAGGUCGUGAAAACCCUUAUUGCAAUGUUAUUUGCCAUGCGAUCUUCCUUACGAGAGGACUGGGGUAUUCCGGACAAAGAAGAAGAACCUGAGUAUACAGACCUCUUGCCUUUAGGGAUACAGGGACAUGAAAACUGGGGAGUGGCGUUACCACUCGAACUUGCUUUCUUUGUAGAGAAGUAUAUUAGGAAGGGGCACAAACGGGGUAACUUCCAGGCCCCACAAGCGUCGAUGUUGACGUCGCAGGUGAAUGCGAUCAUCGACGGGUAUGGGCAUAUGGAAACUAUCAUGUUGACACCUAUCCCCGUCUGCUAUCAGAUCCACAUGAAACAAGUUUUAUCGCUAUACUGCCUCUUCCUUCCGUUCUCCAUUGUGGACGACUGGAACUGGGUGGCUGUUCCCAUGGUUGCUUUGAUUGCUUUCACGCUCUAUGGUAUUGAAGGUAUUGGUCAGGAAAUCGAGAAUCCUUUCGGCUUGGAUAGGAAUGAUAUCAAAAUGGAUAACAUAGUGCGAGAUGCACGACAGGAGAUCACAACCUUGCUGGAGUGCUGGAAACAAGGAAAGGAAGAGCAUUUUCUCUAA